AACGCACCAGAUGACGAAGUGGCUUUUUUUGAGCACGAUGACGCAGAUGUUGAGCGAGGCAAGAAGGGUGAACUUGAAUUCACAGGAGAAGCUCAGAAGAUGAGAAAUAGUACCUCGUUACACGCAGGCGAGCCAUUUGGUGUAGACCAUCUCGUGUUUGGCAGUUACGGCAGUCUUUUUUCAAAGACACUGCUCGCGAAAUCGCUGGGAAAGGAGGACACGUGUCUGCAUUCUCUUCAGACGCUAGCUGAAGGUGCUUUGUCGGCGAGCAGCCGAGUAGAGCAGCACUGUGGCAUGGCAGCACCUUUGAGCGUGGAUAGCGGGGACAGCUACCCAGCAGUGCAGGCGCAGCUUUGUCGAGAACAACGUCGAGAACUUAAGCAAAGAGCAACAACGCGGUCCGGGCAUCAUUUGCUUUUCAGCAUACUCGGCGCCACCUUCUAUUCUUCCGGUCAUGCGGAGAUAGCCUUGAGUGCUAGUGCGGCAGACGAAACUUGUGUCCUAGUGGACGGCCAGCGCACCUUUUCCUCGAUUCCGAUUCUUACCUAUCUCAACUGGGCUUGCGAAGUGGAGUCGAGAAACGGAAGAACGUGGCGCGUACCUGCUGCAGUGGUAAGCUAUAGCAGUGCGGUCGCGCUCGUGAACUGUAAGGUUCCUUCAUCAACAGAUGUCUUAGGAGAUUCCAACAACAUCCAAAAAGCAGACGACUACGUGACUCUAAGUCUCCGUACACGAGGUGGCGGCGUCGACUGGAAAAUUCACGUUCCCAUGUGUACGACUACUCGCACAAGAAGCAGCAGUAGUCAGAAACAAGCAGAGAGAGAUCAGCAUGAGCAUGAGCCUCAUCUUCAGAGGACGAUUUCACAACGAGCUUCUGUAGAGAGCAAUCCAGCAAGGGGGGCUACAAGUAGAGCUACAGAUGUGAAUAUUCGUGGUUAUCCACGGACAAUGGCAGUGUGCUCCCAAGUCUUGUACACUCUGGACAACGAGCGCGGACGCAGUUUACUGCGACAGUGGCUAGCGUACCACCGGCUCAUCGGCGUGGGCCACUUCUAUCUCUACGAUCGUGACGGCUCGGUAGCUCCCUUCGUCGAGGAGGAACGAGCACGAACAAUCUCGUCUCAAAACGACUCGAGUGAAAGUAAUAGAGAGUUUGACAUCACCUACUUCCCCAACUUCUCAAGGCACUUUCUGUCUGAACCGCAGCAUCUUGUACAGCAAGAAAACAAGCCUGGAUUACUUAAGGCUUAUACUAAUCCAUGUUGAGAACAAGCAUCUUUCGUGGGUCUGUUCCAUAAGUGGAAAAGAGCCCCAAAAUGAUUCCCUGAUUCCCAAAAUGGACGACUAGCGCUAAACUGUCUUCUCAUGCAGCCCCAGACGCUGCAGCAGCAGCCCAUUGCAUCUUUGCGAAUCGUGGCAUCUCGGAGUUCGUCGCCAUGCUUCAUUCUCCGGAUGAGUACUUGUCCAACUCUCGUGGCCUGCGCCACAUAGAGCACGUCCUUGCAGUUUUACGACAACAACGAGUCGACGUCUGUGACGCGUCGCAAGUGUAUUUCGUGAACCAGACUAGGCAUUUCAAUACUGAAGCUAAUCCGACUGCAAGUUCGGCAACUACCUUACUUGGCCAAUACACACAGCGAGCCAAUAAGCCCUUACUGCAGCCGCGUGGAUGGGGAUCACUAUGGCUACAACAAAUCCAUCUUGCCAAGCAUCUCGAUUCUGUUUCUCAAGGGAAAAUAUCGGGUAGCAAGAUGCUCUUCGUAAAAUGGAUUUGCGCUAGACCAGGUCUAAGACCAGGUCAGCACGCAAACAGCUUUCUGAACCGUUUUGGCAGUCCUAUACUGCGUCCAGAGGCUGUGUCAGAAUUGGUGGCUGCGCACUAUCCGAGGCCAAAUAAUCGCUUUUGGCCCGCGCGAGUGUUGGACGAAGUCCCCCAACACUUCCUGCGCACAAAUCACUACGGUCAUGCAUUCUCAAAUUAUGAGUCGUUUCCACCAAAUUUCAUUCCCCGGACGAAACCAUCCUUGGCUCUUUUGCUGGUGGAAAGGAAGCCAGGGAUGUUCAUCUGAGGGAUGUAAUUCCGGAACCUCUAAGCAAAGCGAAAUCCUCUGGACCCAACGGACGCUCUAGUUGAGGACACCAGUAUUUUGUGGGCGGAAGAAAAUGUGCAACAAGAGGCAUUUCAAUAUCAGUUGAUGGGGGUUCAUUCUUAG